AUGCCGCCGAAGCAAUCGAGCCCUACCACGCAGUAUGACAUCGACUCCGCUCUACGAUGCCAAUUUCACAAGGAGCAUUUCAGGCCUUCUCAGCGUGAAAUCAUUGAAGCCACACUCAGCGGGCAUGAUGUCUACGUACAAGCCGCAACCUCUUUCGGGAAAAGCCUGUGCUUUCAGCUACCUGCAGUGAUCACACCUGGGCUAACGAUUGUGGUCUCUCCACUGCUGAGCCUCAUGACCAAUCAAGUGGAAGCCUUGAGAAAUUCCGGAAUUGCUGCAAGCUCGCUAAACAAGGACACCUCGCCGUCUGAGAGGAGUCGCAUCCUAUCUGACCUUGACACGGGACAACCACAAAUCAAACUCCUUUAUGUCACGCCAGAGCUUUGUGCGAAAUCCAACUUCAGGGAGCGUUUGCAGGCCCUGCAUAGGAAACAGCAGCUAGCAAGGAUCGCAAUCGACGAAGCCCAUUGUAUCUCCGAAUGGGGGCAUGACUUUCGCACCGACUUUCAGAAACUCUCUUGGUUUCGGGAAGCCUUUCCGAGUGUCCCCAUCAUGUGCUUAACGGCAACCGCCAAUCAGCAAGUACGGAAAGAUAUUAUGUCUGCCUUACGUCUUGACGCUUCACCAGACAAGACGAAAAUGUUCUUGAUGAGCCCGCAACGAAGCAAUCUUCACAUGGAAAUUCGAUUUACCAAUGAUGAAGAUGGUGAAAAUGGCCGUAUCGCUGACUUUCUCCGGUGGAUCCGUGGCGUCUACAGUCGUCGCCGUGCCGAAGACCGAAUUGCUGAGCUCACACAGAUCGGCGAACGCCCUGAAAGCGUACCUGGAAUCAUAUAUACCGUCUCCCGUGACGAGUGCGAGAAGCUCGCAUCCGCCCUUCGAGACGAAGGCAUUGGCGCUCAGCCUUUCCACGCCAAACUUUCCCCCAAUGUCAAGAGCGAGACGUUGUCCCGGUGGAUCGAAAAUGAGCCUGGUUAUGAUGUUAUCGUAGCGACAACUGCCUUUGGCAUGGGCAUUGAUAAAGAAAACGUCCGAUUCGUUGUGCAUUGGCGGUUACCGAAAUCGUUUGAAGGCUACUACCAAGAAGCUGGGCGCGCUGGGCGCGACGGGAAUGCCAGCUACUGCUUCCUAUACUAUAGCCGCGAAGAUCUGGAGCGCAACACUCGCAUGAUACGCAGUGAUUCGAGGGACAAGGGCAGCGGAACGAUGAAUGCGAGGCUGCGGAGUCUACAGGCCCUCGCUCUAUACUGCGAGAAUAUAACAGAGUGCCGGCAUUCCGUAAUUUGCAGCUACUUCGGCGAGCGCCCAGUUUAUGACUGUGACUAUGCCUGCGAUUUUCACAAGGAUCCGCAUGACCUGAGAUCCAGGUUUAUGAAGGGCCUUGCCAGCGAGGAGUUUGUCAGCACACAGGCUAUGCAAGGGACAUAUGAUGAUGCAUAUUAUGACUCUUGA